GGUCUUCAAAAAUGUUAAUCAUCCUGAUCCAAGCUCUCAUCUGCAUCACAUCAGCAUCAUCCCUAAAAAUCAACUGUGACUACAAGUUCAGCAGCUGGACAACAUUUGAACGUUCAUUCAUCUGCGACGUAGCAAAUGAUCCGAAAAUAAUUGAAGAAAAUACAAAAAUUGAUGAAGUCAACAAAGUCGAGCCAGUCGUGGGCUUCUCAAUUUCAUAUAAAACUUGUCACUUCUUCCCACAAAACAUUGACAAAUUUUUCAAAAAUUUAACAAUUUUGGAAAUUCACUCGACAGACCUUCAAGAAAUAAAACAGCAUGACUUGAAACCAUUUACAAAAUUGAAGGGGCUGUUCCUGUCAAAUAAUUCAAUUCACAUAAUUGAGAAGAAUAUUUUCAAAUUUAAUCCAGACCUGCAAGUUAUUUGGCUGAAUAUGAAUCCACUAAAAUACAUGAAUCCGAAUGUUUUUGAUCAUUUAAUUGGAAUUAAGUCAUUAAACUUCGUUGGCGGUGUCUACUCGAUGGGAUAUGCUUUAACACCUGAAACAGUUCCAAUGACAAUUUUACACAUGAAAGAAAUUUUCAGUUUUCCGUCAGUCUUGUGGACUGACAAUCAGGAAUUGACAAAUGAGCUGCACAAAGCUAAACUUUUAUUUGAAAUCUCAGCAGUUUUUAAUGUUUUGAUGAUUUUGGUACUUUUAUGGAUGUUUGCGAGCUGGAUUGUUGUUAAGUGCAAGAGAAACAAUCGUGUUGGACAUGACGAGUCAAAGACUUCAUUUUCAUUCUUUGAAAUGAGCAGCAUUCGAGAACGGCUGCAGACUUGCAAUUUUAAUUAAAAUAUUUCCCAAAAAGUUUCUCAAAUUAAUUAAAAAUACUUAAGCUUUAAAACUUUAUUAAAAC